CGCCUGUAAUGUGGACCGCUCUUCUAAAUUUGGGUCCGGCGGCCGAUGAAAGCCCACGCUCCACUUUACGUAUCGUUUCUCCCAGGCGCUUCUGGUUGGGCGUCACCGCUGUGUUAUUCCUGCUUGGCGCCUUUCUCUUCUGGUGUUCAUUACGCAGUGGAUAUCCGCUCGGUCCCUCCCGCGGUCCCCUGUUGGUCGCGGGUCCUCACGACGGCGUCAUGGAAGGCCGCGCAUCGCCGGGCAGCCAGCUGGACCCGUGCCGGGACCUGUACGAGUACGUGUGCCACAACUGGAGCUCGCCGCACGGGGCGCAUACCUUCACCGAGGACGUGGCCCGCUCCUGGGAGCGCCUCGUGCAGCAGGCGGCGCUCGCUUCUCAUCCCAACCAGCCGGCCACUGCCGUUCUGGGGCCCGAGUACGCGGUCGAAGCCGUCCGGCACUACCACAACAGCUGCGUCAGCCUGCUCGCCAGAGAAGAGAAGGAUCUUCGCACGGAGGCGAUUCACCUGCUCGUGGCGCUGAACUCGUCUUGGGGUAUUUUGAAGCCGGACCCACCGGACGAGGACGUGGUGAGGCUGCUGCUCCUACUGUCCCUUCGCUUCGGCCUCACACCCGUAUUGCGGGUGCGCUUCAGGCUGGUGGGCACCAACAGGACGCAGCUGCUGGUAGAGCCAUCCAAAGCACCCCUUCCUACCGACCGGCUACCGCACGGAACCGCCGCCCGCGUGAUGUCGUGGUGCGCAUUGUAUCUGCGCACCCGGCUAGCCGACGACGACAUGGCCGAGAUGGCGGACGUGCUGCGCGACAUGCUGUCGUCGUCGUCGCGCGCAGCGCCACCCAGAGGAGCGAUGCGCUCGCCGGAGGUCCUCGCGCACUUGGCCCCGUCGGUUCCCGCUCACGUCUGGAUCAAGGCCGCAUCCACGUACGCGGCUUCCGGCCUUUCCUCCGCACCUCCCGGAGUGCUGGUCCGAGCGGUGUCCACCGUUCGCUCCGUUCUCAGCGUGCUGCUGAAGGCGCACUACCGCGAAAUGGUCACGCCUUUCCUGCUCGUCCAAUCGCUCGCCACAGUUCUUGGGCUGCACAUCGCGCGAGUGUUGGGCGGCAAGAAAGGGAGCGGUGACAGUGACGAUGAGCGUUGCCUGCGGCUGAGCCGGCGCGUGCUGUCGCCCGUCUGGAACGUGCUCUACUCGGAGGCAAUCGCUGACCAACGGUUCGUGCCGCGCGCCCAGACGCUGGUGCAUGAGCUGAGGCUCAAACUGCGCGAGCGGGUGCAGGCCUCUCACGUGCUUGACGGGGAGAGCCGCAUCACGGCGGACAGCAAGCUGGCCGCCGUCAGAGCCGUCUUUCCCAAGCCACAUGCACGUAUCCUCAGCUUACGAUCUUUGGCAUCGAUGGUUAUCGACCCCGCGACCUGCCCUGCCCCGAGCCAUAGUUCGUGGGGUGGAUUCCUGGCGCACACGAUGACUGCGCUGGCGUUCCUACAGCGCACGCGUCGCUCCCCAGAACGCGGCUGGCUGCUGACGCGCCAACAGAGUCCGCACGUUAGGCUUAGCCGCGACAACGAGCUGUGCGUGCCGGCCGCCCAGCUGAGGGAGCCGUUCGCGUCGGGUUUCCCCUUCCUGGACCUUGCCACGUUGGGAACCAUGGCGGCGCAGCAAAUGCUUCAGGCGGUAGGGGAGCGUGGCAGCCACGUUGACGAGACAGGCACAGCGCGUGAGUGGUGGACUCCCAAGACGCGGCAGCAGAUGUGGCAGUAUGUGCUGUGCCUCCGGCAGGUGUACCUGUCCGGCAGCGCCGGUGGCCUAGAGUUUUCGGACGCAGAUGUGUGGGACCAGCUCGGAAGCGCCAUACUCGGCCUGCAGACUGCGUUCGAGCUCGCCACGUUCAACCGCCCUUCGACAACCGACUCCGGCGGGCGAGGACGCAACGAUGCACCGUCUGUUAUCACGCAGCAGGGCCCGCUGUCGAUGCGGCAGCGUUUCUUUGUGCGGUUCUGCCGGGGAUUCUGCGAGCUUUACGUGAACGGAUCUGGCCGGAUGCCGGGUCGCUGGAUUUGCAACGCGGCAGCUAAGCACGUGCCGGCAUUCGCGGACUCCUUCGGCUGCCCAGACGACGCGCCCAUGGUGCCAAAGGAGACAUGCGACGGAUUUUAG